AUGGGGCUUAUCGAGGCGGUCUCCGGCCCUCUGGGCGCGCAGAUCGCGCAGCACGGAACUGCUGUUGUGGUCGCGGGCGGAAUCGUCGCAUUUCUCGUCGUGACGGUGGUGCUGAAUGUGUUGAAGCAGUUGCUGUGGAAGAAUCCUAAUGAGCCGCCCGUGGUGUUUCAUUGGUUUCCCGUGGUGGGGAAUACGGUUAUGUAUGGGAUGGAUCCGUAUAAGUUUUUUUUUGAGUGUAGGGCGAAGUAUGGCGAUUGCUUUACGUUCAUUUUGCUGGGGAAGAAGACGACGGUUUAUUUGGGGAGACAGGGGAGUGAGUUUAUUCUCAACGGGAAGAUUAAGGAUGUCAAUGCCGAGGAGGUGUAUACCGUCUUGACUACGCCGGUUUUUGGAACGGAUGUGGUCUACGAUUGCCCCAAUUCAAAGUUGAUGGAGCAGAAGAAGUUUAUGAAAAUUGGUUUGACCAACGAGGCCUUCAGAUCAUACGUCCCAAUUAUUCAAGGAGAGGUGGAGCAGAUCGUUAAGAAAUACCCCGGCUUCAAGGGAAACAAAGGAUCCAUCAAUGUUGUAGAUUUCAUGGCCGAACUUACGAUUUACACGGCCUCCCAUACCCUCCAAGGCAAAGACGCGCGCGACCGAUUCGAUUCCAACAUGGCCAAAAUGUAUCACGAUCUUGAUAUGGGUUUCAGCGCUGUAAACUUCAUGCUUCAUUGGGCUCCUCUUCCUCAUAACAACGCACGCGAUCGAGCACAAAAGGCUAUUGCAAACACAUAUGUUGAUAUUAUCCAGAAGCGUCGCGCAGAGGGGCCAGGAGAGAACAAGAGCGAUAUCAUGUGGCAGUUGAUGCAAUCCUCUUAUAAAGAUGGUACCCCAGUCCCGGACAAGGAGAUUGCGCAUAUGAUGAUCGCUCUUCUUAUGGCUGGACAGCACUCUUCCUCCUCUAGCAGUUCAUGGAUCGCUCUUCGCCUUGCCUCUCGUCCAGAUAUCAUGGAAGAAUUGUAUCAAGAACAAAUUGAAGUCCUAGGCCCUGAUCUUCCUGAUCUCCAGUUUGAGGAUUUGGCGAAGCUCACCAUGCACCAAAACGUCCUGAAAGAAGUCUUGAGAAUCCACACGCCUAUCCACUCCAUCCUCCGAAAGGUCAAGACUCCAAUGCCUGUCCCUGGUACGAAAUUCGUUAUUCCACCCACUCACAACCUUCUCGCAUCACCAGGUUGCACCAGCCGAGAUGCCGACUACUUCCCAAACCCAUUGAUGUGGGAUCCUCAUCGUUGGGACGCUGGCUCAUCUGGAAUCGUACAAACGGAUUACGAGGAGGAGAAAUUCGAUUAUGGAUAUGGACUUAUCAGCAAGGGUGCAACAAGUCCAUACCUUCCUUUCGGUGCUGGGCGACAUCGUUGUAUCGGCGAACAAUUCGCCAACGUUCAACUUAUCACUAUUAUGGCCACUCUUGUGCGCAUGUUUAAAUUUCGAAACGCUGAUGGAAGCAAGGAAGUUGUACCCACUGACUACGCCAGUUUGUUCACCCGACCAGUUACACCUGCGAUGAUGGAAUGGGAAAGGAGGGAGAAGUCAUAG